AAAAUCUCCGCGGCUUCAUCCAGCGUCGCUACGCAGCAGAUCAGCAUUGUCAACACGUCAGAAUCACGGACCACUGCCCUGGUGUCUGGACGCCGCCUCAUCCAAAAGUCGCGGCACUACUGGCUCUUUCUAUUGAAUGUGUGCUCGUGCUUCAAUCACAUGAUGGGACUUGCGCGACGCCCAAUAGCGACAUUGUGCAACGGCUUCUUCGACGUAAUGAGCAAAUACCCCGGUAUGGCUACACAGAAUGAUUUGGCUCGAGUCUCGACAGUCCAACCUUUUGCAAAUUGCAUAAUCGAAACAUCCUUGUUGCUUAUCAUCAGCGGUAUCUCAGCAGGCCCCACGAGGCACGCAGGCACGCAGGCCAAGGGCUCUAACGAGCUGGCCUUCGCGCGUUUCACCACGGUGGAUGCAUAA